GCUUUCUAACAUUCUUACCGAGCGCUUCAAGAAGCUCGUGGCUAUGGGGCCUGAAGUGGUCUCAUCGCCAUCCAAGGAGAGAACCAUGGUUCACGACAUGGACCGUGAAUCAUUGAGAAAUUCACUCAGCCCAAUGAGCAGUGGAAAGGCACACCAGCUAGAAGCUCCAACCAAGAAGGAACUCACUGACUAUGACAAGAACAUGACAGGCCUUGCAGCUUCCAUCCAGAAGGGGGUUAACACCUUGAAUGACUUGGUGGACAAGGUCGAGCAGGAGAAGGUGAAAGAACAAGCACGUCAGGAGCGCUUAGCCAAAGAGUUAGCCAAACGAGAAGCCAAAAAAGCAAAGAUGUUGGCAAAGGCUAGAGAAGAGGGCAACGCAUUGGCUGGAGAAGACUUGGCCAAGGGCAAUGGUGGCCCUGAUGCUGCUGUGGAGGAUGAGAACUCGCAGGAUGGUUGGGCUUCAGAUGAAGAGGAUGGUAUUUGGCCAUUGCUGGCAUCUGCAAAGGAUCUCAUGCUGAUAAAGUCGGAAAAUGUGGGUGACUUUGACGAGCACCCAAACAUCACAAAGGCUAUGGCUUUCAGCGUGACCAGUGACAUCUUGGGUAAGCUCAAGGGCAUCUACAACGUUGUCGAGUGCACCAAAGCGAGAAAGGAUAAACCGGAUGCGGCGCACAACUUCCGGGGUGAUGAGAAUUUUGCUGUGGAUGAUCUUUUUGCUGACCAGACAGACAAGGUCAAGGAAUGGUUGACCAAAAUUCUUUGUGGAACAAAGGACAUCCUUUCCUUAGCUGUCCAGAAGUUUCAGAAGAGUCCACACACUGAUGUUCUGGAAAAGAUCCUUUCCCCUCAAGUGGUUGCAGCUGGUGCUGAUUGGCAGUGCUGCAACUUCAGUGAUUUCAUGUUUGGAAGAACCGUGGUGAGUUUGCAUGGUAGCACUUUCGUUGCUGGCAUUCCGUUCAGCUUCUUCAACGUGCAGAAGUCGGGAAAAAGUGUUGCCACGAUCUCUGAGGAAAUGGGCAACAUGACCCGGUCUGCAUUGAUUGAGAACAACGGCUUCUAUGUUUUCCUGGAUAUGUUCCAAGGCGUUACAAUUCCACCUGGAUACUUGUACUUCCAGUGCAAUGUGGGUGCUAUGGACUUCGGUGAUGCAUGCCAUACUUCUGGAGGAUCUGGGUGUGAUUUUCUGGUGCUCACUGGUUUGCCUCCUUUCAUCCUCAAGGAUUCAUCAGCUAUGACAUCACUACGGGAAACCAUCGAGAAUGGCAUCAAAUCGAUGCGCAUGGAUGAUGAAGGCAAGGCUUUCAAAGGCCCCAUCAACAAGCUGAGCUUUGCCAUGCAGAUCUGUUCUGCUUUCGAGGUGAAACAAGAACCGUCACAAGCCGCCACAGCUGAGGAGCAGGAACAGGAGCAAACAUCUGCUUUGCCCGCUGUGCAGGAUGGUUCAGUCGAGCUGCUGCGUCUUGACUACAAUGCACUACCAGAAUCUCGAUCUGAGCUCGAUGAGCUCUUCCUUCACCCGGACUUUGAUUUUGAGUUGGAGCUUGAGCGUGCAAAACAACGUCCAGAGUUGAAAGACUUCUUGUAUGAAGAGUACGACCCGGACUUCGUCUUCGGGGUGCCAGAGAAUGAUCCUGGACAAGAUUUGGCCGACUUCCUGGAUUGGUUGGUGCAGAAAGGUGUUGCCAAGCGCAAGACUGCAAAGAAUUCAGGUCCACCAGCUGAAGAUUCAGGUGAGAAAGCCGAUGAGAACACCAAUGGACAAGAUGGUAUGCAGGACAAGGAAACUGAGCUUGGUCAACCACAGAUGGAGGUUGACCACAAGCUUCCUGCUGCAGAGACGAAUGAAAAUUCUGAGGCAGCUGUGGCUAUGGCACAGUUGGAGGUUGAGAAUUCCGAGGCAAAGACUAACAUGGAUGUUGAUCAGAAGAAGGGUUCUGAGGCAGAGAAUGGGAAUGACAUGGAAGUUGAGCCCAUGUCGGGUUCACCAGCUCCACUUCCAGGACACUCAGAGAUUUCCGUUGAUGCAACCACGGCCAACAAUGGGAAUGACAUGGGGGUUGGGGCCAAGUCCGCUUCAGCCGCUCCAGAUGCAGAGCCCAAGUCGGGUUCACCAGCUCCACUUCCAGGCAACUCAGAGAUUUCCGUUGAUGCAGCCACAGCCAGCAAUGGGAAUGACAUGGGGGUUGGGGCCAAGUCCGCUUCAGCCGCUCCAGAUGCAGAGCCCAAAUCGGGUUCAGCUGUUCCAGAUGCAGCCAACCAAGAGAUUUCCUUUGAUGCAGCCACGACCAGCCCAAAGGUAUCGACAGAGAAGGAUGAUGUGAAGGAUUCCCAGUUACCGACUACUACGAGCAACCGUCAGAAAGAGGCCAGGGGGUGGGCAGCAUCUAGGUUUUCUUUGCUAUAUAUAAUUCUUUGCUAUAGUGAUGUUUAUGGUAUAUAUUGUUUAUAUGAAACAUCAUGUUACUCCUCCUCCUCCUCCUCAUCGUCAUCAGCCUCAUCAUCAGCAUCAUCAUCAUAA